AUGGUGGCUGGAAAUGUAACUAUAGAAACUCAGUCUGAAGUGGGGACAAAGAGACUGUGGAAUGCACUGGUGAAGGACCAUGAUCUUAUUGCACGGGAAAUACCAGAGUUUUGUGCAGGAGUCACAUUUCUUGAAGGCAACGGCGGUGUCGGCAGCAUCAAGCAAAUCAACUUCACCCCUGGCACGACUGAGUAUGGGUAUGUAAAGGAGCGCGUGGACGUUCUCGACGAAGAGAACUUUGUUUACAGCUACACAGACUUGGAGGGAGGAGAGCUGGGAAAGAAUUUGAAAUCUGCUCAGUUCACCCUGAAGUUGAGUCCUAAAGAAGAUGGCGGAUGCGUUGUGAGUCAUAUCUGGAACUUUGAGACUCACCCUGGCGUUUGUCAGGAUGAAGCAAUGGUUGAGCCGAUGAAGGCCCAGCUCACCGCUUUGUUUAAGAAGAUGGAGGCAUAUGUCAUCGUCAACCCCGCUUUAUACAAUGAAUAA